AUGGUCGAUGCAAGCACUGCAUUUACUCUCCUCCUCCUGCUGUACUUGGCUGUACAGCUGGUCAAACUGCAAAGGAAGAAAAAGCAAUUUCCACCCGGACCAACCCCUCUCCCCAUUAUUGGAAGUUUAUGGCAGCUGAAAUUUGUAAAAAUGCAUCGGGAUACCCUCAUGGAGGAAGCAAAAACCUUUGGGGAUAUCUAUACUUUGUGGCUUGGUCCAUUCCCUUUGAUUGUACUGAAUGGAUACCAAGGAGUGAAGGACGGUCUCGCUACCCACCCUGAAGAUUUUGCUGCCCGGCCAAUAACCCCUUUCUUUCGAAAUAUGGGGAAAAAAGUAGGUAUUAUGCUGGCAACCGGAGAAACGUGGAAGACUCAGAGACGCUUUUCCAUAAUGAUCCUAAAGUCCUUGGGCCUCGGGAGGAGAACCAUGGAAUUCCAGAUUCAAGAGGAAGCCUGCCACCUAGUGGAAUCCUUUAUGAACAUGAAAGGAAAGCCCAUGAAUCCGUCUUCCUUCCUCACGCUUGCCGUUUCCAACGUGAUCUGUGCCGUUGUCUUUGGCCACCGUUUCUCCGACGACAACAAAGAGUUUCAUGACCUGCUGGAGACUGUCGAGCACAUGUUCAGAUUUGGAGGCACUUUCUGGCAAUACCUCUACGAUAUCCUGCCCUGGCUCAUGCACCACCUCCCAGGCCCGCACAAGGGCGUGUUUUCUGACUGCGACAUCCUACGUGCCUUCAUAAGGAACGAGAUCCGCAAGCAUCAGGAAAGGGGUGUUCCAAGCGAACCAGGGGACUUCAUUGAUUAUUACCUUACUCAAAUAGAGAAGACCAAAGGCCAAUCAACACCAGCCUAUGACGAAGAUAACAUGAUCCAGAGCAUCUUUGACCUGUUCUUGGGCGGGACGGAGACAUCCAGUACUACCCUCAGCUGGGCAUUGCUCUAUAUGGUGGCUUAUCCAGAUGUCCAAGCCAAAGUCCAGAAGGAGAUAGAUGCGGUUUUAACUCCUUCCCAGACAAUCUGCUACGAGGACCGCAAGAACUUGCCUUAUACAAACGCUGUGAUUCAUGAGGUCCAGCGCUUCAGCAACAUUGUCUCAACGGGAAUGCCCAGGCUGUGCACGAAAGACACCAUGAUCCGACAGUUUCCUGUUAAAAAGGGCUCUGUGAUAUUUUCAAACAUGGCUUCUUCCUUGUACGAUCCAAAGGAAUGGGAGACCCCCCGACAGUUCAACCCCAGCCAUUUCCUGGACAAAGAUGGGAAUUUCACCUGCCGAGAUGCCUUCAUUCCAUUUUCUAUAGGGCAUCGAGUGUGUUUGGGAGAACAUAUGGCAAGGACAGAACUCUUUGUUUUCUUCUCCAGCCUCCUGAGGACAUUCAACUUCCGGCUGCCGGAUGGAGUGAAAGAAGUUAGCAUAGAACCUAUUUGGGGGGCCACCUUGCGGCCGCACCACUUCGAGAUCUGUGCUGUUGCUCGAUAGGCUGUUUGUGGCGUCAGCGGUA